CUCCCGUGGUCCUUAGCGCCGGUCGAAUAGUGGCGGCGGCGGCGGCGGCGGCGGCGUUGCUGCUGCUGCGAUGGUGAAGCCGGGGGAGGGCCGGCCUUGGCAGGCGCCGCCAGUGAAGCUGCUGGCGUCCCAGCUGCGUGGCUGCCGCCGCCGCUGCCCGGGCGGAGCGUGGCUGCUGGGGCGGGAGGAGCGCGGCCUGCCCCCGCUGGCGGUGCCGCUGGUGUGGAUGCAGGGGACGGUGGAGGCGGUGGCGGAGGAGGAGGAGGGCGGGGGGCGGCUGCGGCUGCGCGACGGGAGCGGCGGGGCCUUCGUGGCCGAGGGCGCCCGGGCGGUGCCCCAGGGGCGGCCCUGCCUCUGCCCCGGCAAGUACGUGAUGGUGCUGGGCCUGGUGCAGGACGUCGGCCCCGAGCCCACCCUCCGCGCCCUGAAGGUCACCGACCUCUCCGGGAACCCCUGGAACCAGAGCAUGUGGGAGAUGGAGGUGGAGGACCUCCACAGGAACCUCUGCUUCUGAGGGACACCGGCGCCUCCUCGCUCUGACCUUUGCGCCGGCCCCCAGGCUCCCUCCGGCUGGGCCUCCUUGUGACUGACAACGACAACAACAACAACAACAAGGACACAAAGGCCUGCCUCUAAAAGACAUGCAAAGCCUUCCCCCAAAGUGCCUUUUCAGCCUGCCACUCAGUCUCCCUCUGGCUGGACCUGGUUGUGGACUGACAACAACGACAACGACACCCAGGACACACAGACCUGCGUCUAAAAAUGUGUGCAAAGCUUUCCUCCAAACCCUGAUAUCAAAUUACUUCUGAAUCUCCCUUUUGAUGGACUUUGAGAACCAACUAACAAGGGCAGUAGGACACAAAUAACAGCAUUUAGAAAACUCCUUUUUCCUCUUGCUGCAUUGGAUUGUUAGCUGACAACAACAAGGACACAAAGACCUGCAACCAGCUAGAUUCCCACACCACACCCUUACAGUGCUGCUCUGCCACUAUAACUACCGUGGCUGUCUCCUGUUGCAUCCUGGGAUUUGGAGUUUAAGGAGGGGGUUUAGAAUUCUGAGGCAGAGAACCCUAAGGCCUCACUGAAAUACAAACCCCAGAAUGCAACAGAAGGCAGCCAGGGCAGUAGAAGUGGAAUAGCAGCACGAUAAGAGUGUUGUGCAGUAAUGUGGAGGGACAGAAAGACCUGCAUUUGAAAAUACAUACAAACCCUGGACUGCUAAAGCACCUAUUUACUUUGCUGUUAAAUUAAUACUUAAUAUAUCUUUGGUGGACUUGGGAGCUGACCAGCAACACUUUACCUGGCUCACUUGCAUCAGCUGAGCUGACAAGAUCAGGAAGGACUGAAUUAACUGCAUUUAACCAUGUGUGUGAAGCUUCCCUCCAAAACCUCUGGGGUGCUAAAGCGGCUUUUCACUCUGCCAUUACCUUAAUUCUGAAUCUCCGUUUGGUGGGCAAUGUUUUACCAGGCUCACUUGCUGCCAUUGAGGUGACAAGAUCAACAAGAAUUGAAAUACCUGCAAAGCUUCCCCCCAAAACCCUGGAGGGCUAAAGUGCCUUUUCACUCUGCCGUUACAUUAGUUCUAAAUCUCUCUUUGGCGGCUUUGACAGCUAACCAGCAACACUUUACCAGGCUCACUUGCUGCAGUUGAGCUGACAAGAUCAACAAGGACAGAAAUACCUACAUUCAAAAAAUAGAGACAGUUACUGUUUCUCAGUCAACUUGAAUAAAGUAAUUUAGGUUUACAUAAUGGAGGAUGCAGAACAGACAUCCAUGGCCAAAAUGGUCCUUUUGCCAAAUACUGCUUUCUUACAUCUGCUGAGGUGCAGCUUUACCUACAGAGUACUCUUACUGUAAUUACUUUACUGAUACCUGAACCCACAUGCUGUUUUAAAACACUGUUUAUUGAAGAGAGAUGUUAAUUUAGAUGUUAAUAACCUAUUAAUAGGAGGUAGACCAGACUAAAAUGAGGAGCUGUUUUUUUUUAAAACACAGUGUUUGCUUUUAAAACACAAUGUUUGCUUUCAACUCAGUGUUUCGAUAGUUAGACAUGUAUAUGGUUCAAAGUUUGCUUCGAGAAGACUAAUGUCAGAGCAAGAUUAUAGCAAAACCUAAAAACAUUACUUAUUUGAAUACCUCUGUUUUGUGUUCUCUGUUGCAGGACAGUCAGACUUUUAAUGGCUCAUGUUUUAUGGAAUCCAACACUUCAUGGUUUAUGCAUUAUUAUGAAAGUGCUUAGUAACAGAAUUUCAAUUGCUUUCUAAUGCUUAGUUUUUGGGAGGCAUAAAUGCAGCUAUAUCAAAUAAUUUGCAAGCUUUUCCUGACUUUGGAGAGAUAGUUUGUAAUAAUCACAAUAAGAAUACAAGUUGGAUAUAAUACAUGCUGAAAUUUUCAUGGGGUAUCUGAUGCAUCAGAACAGUAUGUUCUGGAAAUCAUUUGUCAGUUCCUCCAUUUAGUUAUAUCUGAUCCCUCUGGUCUGGUGUGACACAUAGCAUUGCAUUUCAUCACUGGACAUUUCUAAUGCUCACACAAAGAAGGAAAUAAAAUGAACUCUGUUACUGUACCACUCAAA